GAGGCGGAGCUCCGUAGGCGCCUGUUGCUCGCCGCAGAGUCAAAAGCGAGAGCACGAGAAAAUUGCCUUGCUCGGCCGCCUCUUCCCGCUGCAGCCGCAGCAGCGCCCUCGCGUUCAAGCUGCGUCGUCGGAGCGAGCUGCCUCCGCGAGCGCCUCUUGCUGCCGCGCACGGGCAGCGCGAUCCCUCCGCGGUGAGGAGUUCCUCGAAUCCCCGAUGCCAACUUUUGCUCCGCUCCCUGCCCUUUCGCGCCGCAAAGCUGGCACCGGCGGCAGCUGAGGCAUCGCAGGCGGUAGCGGCUCCCGGCUCCUCCUGGGUCCCGCCGAGAUGACCCCAAGCAGCGCGUGGUUUCUGUGCGCACUCUGCAGCCUGGUUGCCUCGCCGAGCGCUUCGGAGCAACUUCAGCAGGGCAUGCCAAAUGUAUGUCCUGAACAAGAGCUGGCAAUGGUUGGACACCAGCAGCCAUGUGUUCAAGCCUUCACCCGUUUGGUAAAGAUCUGGAAGCAGAACUGUGCAGCACAGAGGUGGUGCCUAGGCUAUGAGAGAAGGACUGGCUAUUAUACAAUCUAUAAGCAAGUGUACAGCAUGGAGCAUCACACUGCCUUUAAAUGUUGUCCUGGAUGGCACAGGAAGAAUGAUGACGAACCUGGAUGCCUGCACUCACUGUGCUCUGUAGGUACUUGCUUCAAUGGAGGGCAAUGCUCUGAAGACAUAUCUCGGGUGUGCCAGUGUUCAGAGGGGUUUCAGGGUUCACGCUGCCAGUAUGACGUAAAUGAAUGUACUUUUGAGAAUGGAGGCUGUCAGGACCAAUGCUGCAAUACAAUUGGCAGCUACUACUGCAGAUGUCCAGCUGGUCAGAAACUGGGGGAAGACAAGAAAUCAUGUGAAGAUAUCAAUGAAUGUGCCAUAAGAAAUGGUGGCUGCCAGCAAGGCUGUGUGAACACUCUGGGGUCUUACCACUGUGAAUGUGAUGCAGGAUAUAGACUUCAUGCUGAUGGACGCACCUGCAUAACUGUGAACUCCUGUGCUAUCAAUAAUGGAGGCUGUGAACAUGAUUGCAUACAGAUCAAUGAAGAGCACUGUCGCUGUCAGUGCAAUGCACACUACCAGCUAAAGACAGAUGGCAAGCAUUGUGAAAAGCUUGACCCCUGUGCAAGUGGAAAUGGGGGGUGCCUACAUAUCUGCCGAAAUGACAGUGGAAUUGCAAAGUGUGAAUGCCAUUCCGGCUACUACCUCUCUGUAGAUGGGAAGUCCUGUACAGAUGUUGAUGAGUGUACAGAGGGAAUGGCCAUGUGUUCUCAUCGCUGUGUGAACACUCUGGGGACCUUUGUCUGCAUUUGUAAUCCUGGCUUUGAGCUAGGGGCUGAUGGAAGGCAAUGCUACCGUAUUGAAAUGGAGAUUGUCAAUAGCUGUGAAGAAAAUAAUGGUGGUUGUUUUCACCACUGUGAGCACUCCACCAAUGGGCCACUCUGCUCGUGUCACCAAGGAUACCUCUUGGAUUUGGAUGGGAAGACAUGCAUAGACCUGGACGAGUGUGAGACUGGGGAUGCCUGCUGCUCACAGUUCUGCAUAAACUACUUUGGAGGCUAUGAGUGCAGCUGCAAGGCAGGGUUCCAGCUUCACCCUGAUGGCUGCCAGUGUGACGAUGUGGACGAGUGUCUUGCUGACACUGAUGGCUGUGACCAACACUGCAUUAAUUCUUUGGGUUCCUAUGAAUGUACGUGUGAAGAAGGAUACAGGCUUGGCAUCAACAGACAGUCUUGCAUCUCAUUGGAUGUUGAUGAAUUGGAAGAGGAAGAGCUGGAGAUGGCUCGGAUUCCUGACCUUCGCUUUAGAAGACCACCUCAGCUCCUUCAUUUCAGUACCUCACUAGAUUCCUUUUAUGAGGAUCAGGAAGAAGAUGUUCGUGGAGAGCUCACUCUUCUGCACAAAGUUGUUUGCUUGAAUAACCUGUUUGGAAAUGACUGCAGCUUAAGUUGUUCCGACUGUAUGAAUGGAGGGAAAUGCAGCAGUGAGAGUAGUGGCUGUGACUGCCCACCUGGAUGGACUGGUGUUAUCUGUAAUGAAACCUGCUCCACGGGGACCUACGGAAAAGAUUGUGGCAGCCUCUGUAAGUGUCAGAAUGGAGGUUUCUGUGACCCUGUAACUGGGCAGUGUCAUUGCCCACCAGGAGUAAAUGGAAAGUUGUGUGAAGAUGGCUGCCCCAAAGGACUUUUUGGGAAGUCCUGCAACAAGAAAUGCAGUUGUGCUAACAGUGGACAUUGUCACAGAUUAUAUGGAGCCUGUUUGUGUGACCCAGGGCUGUAUGGCCGCUUCUGCCACCUAACCUGUCCCAAAUGGGUCUUCGGAGCUGGCUGCUCAGAGGAAUGCCAGUGCUUGAAGGAUAACACCCUGGAGUGUGAUCCUAGAAAUGGUACUUGUAUCUGCAAGCCAGGUUAUGAAGGAAGCAAGUGUGGAAAAGAGUGCUUGCCUGGUUUUUAUGGAGCAGGCUGUCAACUGAGAUGUGGCUGUCCUGGUGCUGCCUUAUGUGACCAUGAGACAGGAGACUGCAAAAGUCCAUGCCCUGCCGGAUUCUUUGGAGAAAACUGCCACCACCAUUGCCCUGAUGGUUUCUGGGGUGUGAACUGUCAGUCUGAGUGUGAACCCUGUGAGAAUGGAGGCCAGUGUAACAAAGUGACCGGGAGCUGUGAAUGCCCAUCAGGAUACACUGGAAAAUACUGUAAUGUUUCUUGUCUUGCUGGUUACCAUGGAAAAAACUGCCUGCUGCAAUGCAGCUGUAAUAGCAACACUCCCUGUCACCCCAUCACUGGCGAAUGCAGAUGUCCCCCGGGUUGGAUCGGCCGUGACUGCAAGCAGCCCUGUAAUUCUGGCUAUUGGGGACAACUCUGUGAGAACUCAUGUGACUGCAAUAACAGUGAUGGUAGCUGUGACCCUAUCACUGGGAUUUGCUUCUGCGAAGCAGGAUAUACCGGGAAACAUUGCGAGCAGAGAUGCCCCAAGGGAACGUUUGGCCCAAGCUGUAAGUACAGCUGUCAGUGCAAGAACGGAGCUGUCUGUGACCAUGUGAGUGGAGCCUGUACCUGUGCAGCCGGCUGGCUGGGGACGUUUUGUGAGAGAGCUUGUCCAGAUGGCUUUUUUGGGCUUGACUGUCACCAGGUAUGUGACUGCAAGAAUGGAGCUGUCUGUGAUCAUGUUGACGGAUCAUGCCGCUGCCUCCCUGGAUGGAUGGGACCCAAGUGUGACCAAUCUUGUCAGGGUAACACUUAUGGACAAGACUGCCGUCAGAUUUGUAAUUGUCAAAAUGGAGCGCGCUGUCAUCACACAACGGGGGCCUGUAUUUGCACAGCGGGAUGGAGAGGACGCUUCUGUCAGGAAGUGUGUGAAGCUGCAAAGUACGGAAAUAAGUGUCAGCAGAACUGUAGCUGCAGCAAUGGUGGAAUUUGUGAUCAUCGUUUGCGGAGAUGCACCUGCCGCCCAGGCUGGAUUGGGGAUCAGUGUGAUACUGCUUGUUCACCUGGCUUCUAUGGCAAUGACUGCGCUGAGCACUGCAAAUGCCUUUCAGAUAUCCCUUGUAAUCACGUGACCGGAGCAUGUGGCUGCCCUCCAGGUUUUGUGGGCAGUGGUUGUGAAAGAACUUGUCUGCCAGGCACAUAUGGGGAGAACUGUAACCAAGUAUGUCAGUGCGCUGGAAAGAAUGAAGAGUGCCAUCCUGUCACUGGGACGUGUGGCUGCCUGCCAGGGUACUAUGGAAUCCGCUGCGACCUUCGAUGCCCAAGAGGUACUUAUGGCCCAUACUGCUGGAAAACAUGUAAAUGCUUGAAUAGAGGGCAUUGCAAUCCUAUGACAGGAGCCUGUGACUGCCCUCCUGGCUUCAUUGGAGCAGACUGUGGUCAAAAUUGUCCAGAGCAUCACUAUGGAAAGGACUGCACUUCCUUCUGCUCCUGUGGUAAAGGACAUUGUGACUCAGUGACUGGCAAGUGCUACUGUCCACCUGGCCGAAUUGGAACAAAUUGCCUUCAAGUGUGUCCCCAGGGAAGAUAUGGCCCCCUCUGUCAGCUAAAAUGUAUGUGUAAGAAUGGUGGGAUCUGUAACCCUGUGAAUGGGUCUUGUAUCUGCGGACUUGGCUGGACUGGAAACCAUUGUGAAAAAGAAUGUGCUCCUGAGAAAUAUGGUUCAGAUUGUCAGCUAGAUUGCUCCUGUCAUAAUAAUGGAACUUGCAACAGAUUUACUGGUUGCUGUCACUGCACGGAUGGUUUCUAUGGGCAUUCUUGUGAACACACCUGCCCUUCUGGAUUUUACGGUUACAAUUGCCUAUACCCAUGCAACUGUAAAAAUGGAGCUACAUGUCUUACAGCCACUGGGGAGUGCAUUUGUCCUCCUGGUUUCCAAGGCGCCCAUUGUGAAAAAGGUUGCACUAUUGGGAGAUUUGGAGACAAAUGUCAGCACCAGUGUGACUGUGAGGGAUCAGCUUGGUGUGAUCCAGUGACUGGAAAGUGCCUUUGCCCACCUGGCAGGACUGGGGACAGAUGUGAUGUUGAAUGUAGGACAAACAAAUAUGGCCCGAACUGCUCUCAGCAAUGCCAGUGUGCCAACAAAUCCCAGUGCAAUGCACACAAUGGGAGAUGCACUUGCCUUGACAGGUGGACGGGACCAACUUGUGAAGAAGGUGGCCCUCCAAAACUUCCUCCUUAUGAAGAACACACUCAGGAAAGAGGGAAUGCUUUUUCAAGAUUGCCACAACAGGAACACUUGGACUAAUAAAUGAACUGUUUUAUAUGCACAGACCAUAUUUAACUUUGGAACUGAGAGCUGCUAUUUGUUUCAGCUUGAACUCUACUGAAAAAUUCUCACUUCAUGCCGUGUCCCUUAAGUAGCUGGAUCCCUCUUAAAACUUUUAAGCCUGUUUUGUUUGUUUAUUUUUGACUUACUGCCUCCUUUAGAUUAACCCAGUCUCAGUAUCCUUUCCAAAUGCCAGUCUUGUAUUUUUAUUGCUGCAGAAUACAGAAAUUUUCACUUUGUCAUCAGCCAGAGAAUGGAGAUCUUAAUUCAAAUUGAAAGAGUGCAAGCCCUUGCUUGCCAAGGAAACACUGUAUCAAGUGGGUUCUAUGUGGGUUUUAAAAAAAAAAUUACUGGUAUUCAGUGGGUUUCCUUUGUAUCUUUAUGGAGCCAAAUUGUUCAAGUUGUGCUUAUGGAAGCAGCAUAUUUUCAGAAAAAAUAGUAUUUGUUACAUUGUUUCAACACAAAUAUUUUGCAGGUGUAAAAUAUACAUCAAAACAGCAAGAGAUACCUACAUGUGGAAGCAGACUUCCUCAGUUGCAAUCAGUAUAGAUGUGGAUGUACUCUGAACCCCUUUAAACUGGCUGGAUGCAUUGCUUGAUAUGAAUGAGGAUGCAUCCGUGUACCUCUGGAACUGCUAGUUGUGUGGAAAUAGCUGCAAGUGAGUAGACUCAGAUCAGGAGCUUGGCAGUUAAACAUGAAAAAAAUAUAAAUGAGGAUAAAUUUUCUAAAUGUGAAUUUUAAAGCUAGUUUGGGUUAAGUAAAAUGUUAAGCCUUUGAAUUAUGACAUUUCAGAAUAUGUCAUGAAAAUGCCUUUUGGCAGGUGAUAUAAAGAUCUAAAAGCUUAUUCAAACUUGUGACUUGAUUUUUCAGUGAUAGAUCCACCAAUCAGCCGCAGCUGGAGAGAAAGCUCCUUAACACAAAUUGAAUAUCUAGCCAUUUGCACCUUGUUAAUAAAGUGUUAAUUAACAAACACUUCUUGCACACCUGAAUCCUUUGGGAACCUAGGUGCUAUUGCUCUACAGCAGGCUUCCCCAAACUGCGGCCCUCCAGAUGUUGCUGAACUACAACUCCCAGCAUCCCUAGACACAAUUUUUUGUGGCUGGGUAUGCUGGAAGUUGUAGUUCAGCAACAUCUGGAGGGCCGCAGUUUGGGGAUGCAUGCUCUACAGUACAUCCAUAGAGGUGAUGCUCUAGAGCAGGGAUUCUCAACCUGGGGUCCCCAGGUGUUAUUGGACUUCAACUCCCAUAAUCCCCAAACAAAGGCUACUGGGGCUGGGGAUUAUGGGAGUUGAAGUCCAACAACAUCUGGGGACCCAAGGUUGAGAAACCCUGCUCUAGAGGGGUUAGGCUUUUUUGUAGUGAUACCAGAGAGAAAUCAGUGUUGGCUUGUUCAGAAGCCACUGACUGACAUCCUGACUAAAAAGCAUCUGUGUGUGUAUGAGAGAGAGAGAUUUCAGUGACCUCCCCUUCUCCCAGAAGCCCUGUGUGUUACCCAAAAGUACGGUACUUGUCAUCCAAAAACAAGUGUCUGAGGCCUGCGCAACCCACAGGGACAUGUUUUUGAGUGGCACAGAAUGCUUCCUGGGAAAGCAGAGGCUGGCAAAAGCUGCCUCACCACCGAGCCAGCAAUAGAGUUGGAUUAGUUGAACUUUUCAGAUGCACAGGCGCUGUUCUUGUUGCACUGGUGCUUGAGAUGUCAGCCCUGUGACUGCAAUAAUGAUUAGCCUGCAAUCAUCACUUGCAACUAAUUAACCUGCUACAAAGAAACCCACCCCCAAACCCUAAUUCUCACAUUACUGAAGUGUUAAAUGCCAUUGUAUGGCAAUUUCACCACAUCAUUUUGGUGGAGUGCUGUGUUGAACAAAUCCGUGCAGAACAAACAGGUAUUGCCCACAGCAGAGCAAACCAGUGAAACCCAAUUUUCAUUCUGGUGUGGUAAAUACCAGCUUCUACCACAUGAGGGCACAUGCUGACAACCUAGCCAGCACACAUUGCUAACAUGGUGGUAACAUCACUUUGUGGACAAACCCUUAGUAAUUGGGCAUACCCGACUAAAUUGGAUAAAAGAUUCCGUGGUACCGCCCACAUCCCACAACAUGCCCCUGUCUGUUUUGAGAAAUUGCAAACUGACAGUGCUUCUGAAAGGUGAACUGCAAUUUCAAAAGUGCCUAGCACAUCUUAACUAUUCCUUUAGUGAGCCUUGUCCCUCUCUCCACAGUCUUAUUGAGACUGUAAGCCCUCUAGGCUAUUUAGUCUGUUUCUCUUUAGCCCAGCAUCUGGCACGUGGUUAGUACUUAACUAUUUGGAGUAGAUUCUCUCUUUUGUGGGAUUCUGUUCAUUUGCCCUAAUUAGACUAAGUUCCCUCAAAAUCAAUGGGAGAAGAAGGUUGCACAGUAAUUUUCUCUGGAUUGGGGCCAAAGACGUUUUCUCCUGCAUUAUUGUGCCAAGUAAAAGGCAGAUAUAAAGAGAAGCUGAAGCUGAACUUCAAUCAAGUUUUCUACCUUUUGUAUCACUCAGGUAAUGUUUAGUUUGAACUUUCAAGAGACCUGGAUGCAUGCCAGCUGUCAUCUGAAGGCUCCUUACAACAGGUCACAAAGCUCAUGUAGGACUUUAAAUCUGAUAGUGAACUCCUGAAAGCAAUCUAGACUUGCUGAUUACUUUUCCACCCUGGGCAGAACAAGAUAUGGCCCUGAUCACGGGGUUGCCAUUAAAAACUGCAAUCCUAUGUCCAGUUUCCCCAUAUUUUCCCCAAAAUCUUAGUAAAGGAAAUGUGUGACCUGACUCCAUUGAAUUGUGCAUUUGCCCUGCCAUACUCUGCAUUAUUAAUGGUUGGCAGAGUUGGGGAAAUCUACAAGAAGAUAACACAUCAUUUGAUCCACUUACUAAUCAUUGCUGAGAAAGAAGGGGAAACUAGAGGCAGGAUUGCUGUUUAGAGCAGUAAAUCCCAUGAUCAGUGAUACAUCGAAGGAGAGAUAUGAUAGCUGCCUUCAAACACCUGAAGAUCUGUUGCAAAGAAGGACUGAACUUGUUCCUCUGUUGCACUUGAAGGAAGGACUUGGAUACAAGGUGGUUGUUUUGACAUGCAGCCCAGGUUAGCCUGCUCAUGAGAACCGCCGAGAUCAAGCCCAAUCCCAGUGGGCAAGCACUGCUUUACUCCAUUUUGAAACCCACAUCUUAAAUGAGGUUAAGGGAGUGAGCGCUCCCUUAACCCUGUUUACUUGAUUAUGUGGCAGCACCGGCUGCUUUCAGCCCACACUGCAACACUGACAGGUGCCUGCCCAUCGCUGGAGGUAUCGCCACAAUUCACUGUGCACAUGUGCAGUGCAUUGUGGGAGUUCCAGGGGCCGGGAUGAUGUGUCCUGCCUCCCGCGCUGCCAGGGGAAGCAACAGACUGUCUGGGCAUACAAUCUGUGUGCCCAGACCCUCCCAGAUCCAGCAGCCAGAUCGUCUAGUCUUGUGGUAGCAAGACUGGUCUUUUGGUAGCAAGCAUGACUUGUCCCCUCAGAUAAGCUGGGUCUGCCCUGGUUGCAUAUGAAUGGGAGACUAGAAGUGUGAGCACUGUAAGAUAUUCCCCUUAGGGGGUGGAGCCGCUCUGGGAAGAGCAGAAGGUUCCAAGUUCCCUCCCUGGCUUCUCCAAGAUAGGGCUGAGAGAGAUUCUUGCCUGCAACCUUGGAAAAGCCGCUGCCAGUCUGUGAAGACAAUACUGAGCUAGAUGGACCAAUGGUCUGACUCAGUAUAUGGCAGCUUCCUAUGUUCUGUGGGGAAAGUGAGUUUUUGCUGCCCUCCUGUCUUGAAGCCCUCCCACACAAUUGUGAGAAAGGGCUCAAGGAGUUCAAAUAACAAGGAAGCAUAUUUAGGCUAGAUACUAGGAAGCAUUUCCUAACUUUAAGAUCUGUUCAACAGUGGAACAAUCUGCCUCAUGCAAUGGUGGCCUCUCCUUCUCCAGAGGUUUCCAAACAGAAGCUGGGCAGCCAUCUGUCAGGGAAGCUGUAGGAGUUUCCUGCACUGAGCAGGUGGUUGGACUAGAAGAAGCCUAAGGCACUUUCCAACUAAAAGUGUAUGUUUCCCUUAUGGUAGUUCCAUGCUAACAGAGGUAUGACACUUGCCCUUUAUUUACUGUUACGGCUGUUAAAAAGUAGCAAAAUACAUAAGAUCCUUUUGAUCAAGGAUUUAAGACAUGGUCUUGAUUUUGUCUACAACAAAGUACUGGUUUGUUUACUCUGUAGUAGAUAUGCACAAGGCAAGAGUCUGUUUUGCAACUGAUCUUAUUUUAAUUGUUUUUCAUAAAUUUGUGCCUUGAAAUUUCUUUAGUGCAACUCCUUGACAAAAAAACCAAACAUGGGCAGUCCUAGUGUAUUUCCAUUGUUACAAGACUGUUCUGGUCCACCUUAUAUAUUUCCCACCACCCUUUUGAGUUUUGGAUUCUAAAACUAUUCUGUAUGUGGGAUAAAUACUUUUGUAGUUGCCAUUUCAAGUCUAAGAUAUAAAUUGAGAAAAAGUGUUAUGGUGACAAUAUUGGUUUCUACAAUCCACAAAGUAAAGUUGCAGGGCUGAGGGUUGGGUGGGUGUAGUAUUCUGAAUGUUAUAAAAUGGUCUUGAAAUGCCUUAGAGUUAAUUUCUUCCAGGAUUCCUUCUCCUGUUGGUCAAGAUAAAUACCUAAAAUAUAGUUUUGUCUAUGUGCCUAGAAUAUAGUUCUGUAAGUUACAUGAACAUCUUGCCAUGAGGAAUCUGCCCAGGUAGCGAUUAUGCAUAUUUUGUUUGCAUGGGGGAUAUAUAAUGUAUAUUUUUAUACUUCAUAAAUGUGCCAUAAAUGUUAACAGACUUGUUUAUAUUCUGUAUUAUGGGAUGCAGUAUGAAUUUUCUUCUAACAUAGUCUUAGCUUAGUGCCAGCAAUGAAAACAGUAAACUAUAUUUCAAAUGUGCCUGGAUAAAAUCAUUUUGCUUACUGAUUAGUUUUGAAAGCCUCUUGAAAUCAAUGAAUUCACAGUGGUGUCUCUAGUAAAAUUCAUACCACACUAGA